GAGACGGGCACAGACACUCAGAGGAGUCCUCUUGAGCUGCUGCCGUUUUCUCUUCUUGUUGUUGUUGUUGUUGUUCAAGAGGUCACUCAGGGGGCAAUGAAUUUUGGCCUGGGCUUCAAGCCGCCCGUGGGGGAGUCGAUGGGCACCAUGGACAACCUGGAGAAGCAGCUCAUAUGCCCCAUCUGUCUGGAGAUGUUCACCAAACCCGUGGUCAUCCUGCCCUGCCAGCACAACCUGUGCAGGAAGUGUGCCAGCGACGUCUUCCAGGCGUCCAGCCCGAUGUGGCAGAGCCGCGGCCCCACAGCCGUGACCACCGGGGGGCGCUUCCGCUGCCCAUCCUGCCGGCACGAGGUGAUCCUGGACCGCCACGGCGUCUACGGCCUGCAGCGCAACUUGCUGGUGGAGAACAUCAUCGACAUCUACAAGCAGGAGUCCAGCAGGCCCCUGCACCCUCCACAGGAGCAGCAGCAGCAGCAGCAGCAGCUGAUGUGCGAGGAGCACGAGGACGAGCGCAUCAACAUCUACUGCCUGAGCUGCGAGAGGCCCACCUGCUCCAUGUGCAAGGUGUUCGGCCAGCACAAGGACUGCGAGGUGGCGCCGCUGCAAAACGUCUACAAGCGCCAGAAGACAGAGCUUAGUGAUGGUAUAGCGAUCCUGGUGGCAGGAAAUGACAGGAUGCAGGCCAUCAUCUCCCAGAUGGAGGACAUCUGCAGGAACAUAGAGGAGAACGGGCGGCGGCAGAAGCAGACGCUGUGCGACCAGUUCGACGGGCUGUACAGCGUCCUGGAGGAGCGCAAGAAGGAGCUGGUGGAGAGCGUGAGCCGCGAGCAGGACCGCAAGCUGCGCCACGCGCGCUCGCUCCUCCGUCGCCACGGCGACCACCUGGAGGCCGCCGUCAAGCUGGUGGAGACGGCCAUCCAGUCCAUGGAGGAGCCACACAUGCCCGUGUUCCUGCAGUGUGCCAAGGAUGUGUUUAAGAAGAUCACGGCCAUGGCGGAGGCUUCCAACCUGGAGCGGCUUGAGGCCGGCUACGAGAGCAUGGCCCACUUUGUCGUCGACACGGACGACGCCGCCGAUGUGCUCAGGAACAUUGACUUCCAGACAGGCUCUCAGAAUGAGGAUGAUGAUGAUCUGGAGGAAGAGGGUGAGGACCUGCCUGGUGGUGUAGAUGGAGACCCUGCCCGAUAUUAAGCCCACUUCACCUGAUCAGGGCAUCCUCUGUAAGGAUGACAAGGCGCUACGAGGGAGGGAGGCUUUCCUUAAUCCCGUCGGCGAACAAACGGGAGCCUUCCUUUGCUGUUUGGAGGAGCGCUAAAGACGAGCUUAAGCCCCAAGCCAUGCAUGAUUCAAGUGAUGUUUGGGACAUGAUGAUACUGCGCUAUUUCCCCCUGUUGCAUUCUCCUGAGUUUGAGGUCAGGAGUUGCUUAACAGUGUUGUGCACUGCCUGUGGUAGUUACUGAGUUCCCAUGUCUUCACCUGACAACAAUAACAUGUGCAUUUAUGUCAUAGCUUACAUGAUAGAUACUUGAUGAUAGUACAUGAUAGAUACUUUGUAAUGUCAUGGUGUAUCUGACAGAACAAGAGGAUUUGUUGGAUUGCUCAUCUGAAUGUGAUAGAAAUGUUGCAGGUUAAGGUUCUUGUAGUGACUUCAUUUAAACACAAGUUUAUUGUGACAAAAACUUGGAGUAAACACUAUAGUCUCACCUGAUGUGAUUGUUUAUGUGGUUUAAUCCUUUUUAAGCUUGUACUUUUUUAUCAGAAGAAUAAACAUUCAUUUCACAGC